UUAUUGUAACGAGUGACAAUAACCAUAAUAUUAUUAUGUACCCAGGCAUAUAAAACGUAUUCUGUUGAAAAAAUGUUCUACGAUACAGUUAGUCGGUCGCCGCAUGCGCUGCUCAUUGAUCGUUGUCGGACGUGGUUUAUAUUAUUAUAAUGUUAGUUUAGUAUAUUUAUUAUUUGUAUGCGUGCGAAUCAUUCGUGUUUGUUACGAGAAUAUUUUUAUAAAAUGCGUUUUUACAUUGUUUUCGACGGUUUUACUGAGUGCCUCUCGUAAUUUCUGCACUUUUUCAAAAAUAUAAUUUGUUUUGACAAAACGUUCGUUUGUGCUAUCGAGAAUCAAGACAAUAUCAAUCACGACGAUAACGUUCGGAUCUGGUUUACUUGUUGUAAAUGUGCUCAGAGGAAAAAACUAUGCAAUUUCGGAAUCCCCGGAUACAGAGUACUUUUUGUACAAGUCUAACGUUCAACAAAGUUCGUGUUAUCAACCAUGGAUUUUAAGGUGCAAAAUAAACACACCGUUCACUGGUUUCGUAAAGGGUUGAGACUACACGAUAACCCUAGUUUACGAGAAGGGCUGAUUAAUGCUAAAACGUUCCGAUGUAUUUUCAUACUUGAUCCAUGGUUCGCUGGUGCGUCAAAUGUUGGCAUCAAUAAAUGGAGAUUUCUCUUACAGUGUCUGGUAGAUUUGGAUAACAGCCUGAAAAAACUGAAUUCUAGACUUUUUGUUAUCAAGGGACAGCCAGCCGAAGCAUUACCUAAAUUAUUUAGACUAUGGGGUACUACAAACUUCACGUUUGAAGAAGAUCCUGAACCGUUUGGUCGAGUGAGAGAUCAAAAUAUUAAAGUCAUGUGUAGUGAAAUGGGAAUUUCUGUCAUAACUCGUUGUUCACACACUUUGUAUCAACUAGACAAAAUAAUAAACGUGAAUGGUGGAAAAGCUCCAUUGACAUAUCACUUGUUUCAAACAUUAUUAGAGUGUAUUGAUCCACCAGAAAGAGCCGUACCUAGUAUAGACAAAGAAUUUCUUGGUAAUGCUUUUACGCCCACUAAAUAUGACCACGAUGAAAUAUUUGGUGUCCCUACACUCGAAGAACUUGGAUUUAAAGAGAUAAACAACCCAGCUCGACAAGUAUGGAUAGGGGGCGAGACGGAAGCUUUGAUAAGGUUGCAAUGUCACUUAGAACGAAAAGCAUUCAUUGCAUCUUAUGGAAAACCAAAAAUGACAUCACAAUCUUUAAUAGCUAGCCCCACUGGUCUAGCGCCGUACUUAAAAUUCGGAUGCUUAUCUACUAGAUUGUUCUUUUCAGAAUUAAACGAACUUUAUAAAAAGAUCCGAAAAUCCCAACCACCACUUUCGCUACACGGACAACUAUUGUGGCGAGAUUUUUUCUACUGUGCGUCCACUAACAAUCCAAACUUCGAUCGAAUGGUCGGAAACCCGAUUUGCGUGCAAAUACCUUGGGACAAAAAUCCUCGAGCCCUGUCUAAGUGGGCGAACGGACAAACCGGUUACCCGUGGAUCGAUGCGAUCAUGAUACAGCUAAGGCAAGAAGGAUGGAUCCACUGUAUAGCGAGACACGCAGUCGCGUGCUUUCUCACUCGGGGUGACUUGUGGCUAUCUUGGGAAGAAGGAAUGAAGGUAUUCGAUGAAUUAUUGUUGGAUGCUGAUUGGUCUGUAAACGCUGGUUAUUGGAUGUGGUAUUCGUGUUCGUCGUUUUACCAAGAGUUCAUUCACUGCUAUUGUCCAGUUAGGUUCGGCCGAAAAGUAGAUCCAAAUGGUGAUUAUAUAAGGAGAUACAUUCCAGCGUUGAAUAAUAUGCCUAAUCAAUAUAUCCACGAACCAUGGUUGGCGCCUGAAUCCAUUCAAUUUUCUGCAAAUUGUAUAAUUGGCAUUGAUUACCCAUUGCCGAUCGUCAAUCAUGUCAAUGCUUCUAAAAUCAAUCUCGAACGAAUGAAACUGGCAUAUCAGCAGCUGUCUAACUGCCAACCGCAGUUAGAAAAUGGUAAAUUAAUUCUAAUCUCCUCGCUAAGAAGAUAAAUGAAACAUUGCACACAUAUAAUGAAAAAUAAGUACAGUAGAACCCCUCUAUCUGUCAUCUUCGGGACUAGGGGUGUGGUCGGAACGCGAAAAGAUCGGAUUAUCAGUACAGAAACAUUUUAAGAAAAAUUUUUAUAAAAUUAUUUUAAAUUAUAUACAUACAUUUAAUCAUUUACUACAUAAUAUGUGUAACAUAAAAAAAUUGAAUGAAAGUUUUACAUAAUGUAUACAUAAAUGUAUGAUUAGGUAAUUACUUAGAAAAAAAUUCAGUAGGUAAUGGAUAUUUUUAAAGUAUUCAUAUCGAUAAUACUAUGGCCGGAUCAGCCGGAGUUGCGUACUAGUCGAGGGCAGACGAGAGAGGUUCUACUGUAAUUAUAAUAUUUUAUUAGUAAUAUCAAAUUAUUAAGGUAAUUAAUGAUAAAAAUAACAUGAAUGUAUUAAUUGUACACACUUUUAUAAACAUAUUUAUUUUAAGAAUUAUAUAGGUAUUGUAAUGGAAUGCAAUAGUAUUCCUAAAUGUUACCAACAAAACAUUAUUUUAUAAAGUGUUUUUUGGGUAGAAAUUUUUUUUUUUUUUAAAUUUAAGUGUCAAAAGGUAUUAAAAACUAUAAAAAAAACCCCGUAGAUGCAAUUUCUGUGCGUUGAAACAAUCAUAUAGUAACUGACUGGUAGAAAUUUAUUACAUAAUAUUUUUAGGAGUUUCGUGCAUUUGAAUUUAUCAUUAAAAGUACAUUGUCAUUAACAUAAUACAUAGAAAUAUAGGCAUGUACAUAAAAAUAAUACAGGUGCCUCUAAGCUAUUUGUUUACUCUAAAUUUAAAAAGCCUGUGUUUUAUAUUCUUGAUUUAAUAAUCAUUUUUUUAACAUAUCAAUUUGUCUAAGCAUAUACCUACUAUAUAGUUUUCUUUAUAAACAUUUUAUAUUAUAUACAUUUAAUAGAUAAGAGCUAUAGGUAUAUAACAACUUUAAUUGAUAUUUUAUACCAUCUUAUAUUAAUAUGUUAUU